AUGUCUGGCUUCAUCGACUACAGCAGGCGCCGCCGCGCUCCCGACACCGAAUCAGUCACCAGCAGAGGCGUCGCAUCACAAUCCAAUACCGCCGAUCCAUUUGAUGAACAGAACGCUCGUCGACAACCCGAUCCUGAGAGCGACACUGACAUCGAGCCUCGAGACGUCCGCCGCUCCCGAGCAAAUGACGCUGCCUUUGAGGAUGCAUCGGACGACUUUGAUGGUCGCCCAGUCCAGCCUUCCCGUCCUCCUCGUGUCGAGGUAUUGGGCGGCCGCGGCGCUGGCGGAAACUAUCCUCAUCGCGACGAACGCCCCUUCUUUGAUCCCACCUUCCCUAACUACCAGGCGGAAGCUCCCCUCGAAAUGCCCUUUUUCGACCAUGUCGUCGCCGAUUACGGCAAGUAUGGCGCUUUCCAACGCUUGCGACUCAACUUUCGUCAAUUCAUCUCCUUCCUCGCCAGCACCACCGCCCUUGGCACUGUUCUCUUCGCCGCCUACUUUUCCUACCUCAAUCCUUUCAAAAAGUCUCCGCCAAAAGCACAUGCCGACCGCGAGUACGAACGUAGGAUCACCGGUGAGCGUGGUUCUGGUCGACCCGCUUAUUACGCCGAGUUCUGGGGUUACCAAUGCGACGAGCACGAGAUCGUCACCGAGGGUGGUUGGAUCCUCAAGGCUCAUCGCAUCUCAGACCCUCGUCGCCCCGGCGGCGUCGGCUAUCCUGUCGUCCUUCAGCACGGUAUUCUCUGCAAUUCAUCCCAUUUUGUCGUCAACGAAGAGCGCUCCAUGGCUUUCUGGCUCGUCGAUCAAGGCUUUGACGUCUGGAUCACCAACAUCCGCUCCAACUUCAAGGCUGGUCACACUGAGUACACCCGAUCCGACCCUCGCUUCUGGGCUUGGGGUCUCAAGGAGCUUGCCUUCGAUCUCCGCGACCUCGUCGACUAUAUCACCGCUGCCACUGGCUAUCCCCAGCUCGCCUACGUAGGCCACUCGCAAGGCUCCGGUUCCAUGUACCUUGCCCUCAGCCCAGGCAUUUGCCCCGAAAUUGGCAACAAGCUCAGUUGCUUCGUCGCUCUUGGUCCCUCGGUCUAUGCAGGCUCGGUCUUGCGAAAGUUUCCCUUCUCUCUUCUUCGUCAGUUCCGCUCCCGAAAGUGGUGGGGUCUUGUCUUUGGUGUACGAGAGUUCAUGCCCGCCAUCGGUAUCGCUCAAGAGUUCCUGCCCACUUUCUGGUUCGGCCACAUCGCCUACGUCAUCUUUUCCUUUCUCUUUGGCUUCCACGACCACAACUGGCUGGCUCGACAGAAGCCCAAGAUCUUCCGCACCGUGCCCGUCCCCACCUCAUCCGAGCUCCUCUACUGGUACAUGUCGGGCUUCUCCCACCGAGGCUGUAUCUUUGACCCACGCAUCACCGAGCCUUGGUUCCCGAGAACCUUCCCGCCUCACUCGAUCUUUUACGGAGACAUUGACUAUCUCGUGCUUGGAAAGCCUCUCGUCCAGCGCAUUCAGCGUCACGAGAACAAUGUCGAGAUGAUCCACACGGUCGAGCUCCAAAACUACGAGCAUCUCGACAUGAUCUUUGGUGUCGAUGCUUUCCGAACCGUCUUCCCCGGUGUUAAGGACACCAUCUUGCAGACCAUGGACCCUGAACUUAUGGCACCUGAGAUGUCGGAGCGAGGCGGCCGUUACUAG